GAGUGCGAGCGACGUCAUCUCGACGCCUCAGAGCAGCAGCGAGGUCAGUGGCCGGUCCUCUCGGACAACCAUCUGAUCCUCUGCGCCGGACCCGAACGCUCUGGCAGUACCUGGCUUUACAAUGCCAUUCGGCUUCUUUACUUGGAGGCGAGGGUGCCCUGCGACUCCUAUUGGAUGGCCAGGUUAUCUCGCGAGAAGUUAGAGCAGCGACUGGCUGCUCGACCUCCGGCGAUGGUACUGGUGAAGACGCAUGAGUGGCAGCCUGGCUACAACGAGUUCGUUCACCUGGCGAAGUACGUGGUGCUGACGCAUCGCGACCUCAGAGGCGUGAUCGCAUCGUAUCGGCGCGUGAAGUGGGAAGUGGCCAUUCCAGAUGCUUAUGUUUCC